CGGAAUGCUGCUGCCUGCUGUGGUAUCGCCCAAUACAAGCUUUAUGAUACGCGGCCUCAGCCCCAUCCCACCUAGUUGACGCUGCGUUGCAAUUUCAACUGCUGCAACCACCACGCCAGAGAGAUAUAUAUACCCAUCCAUUGUACUAACUGCCGCGUUGUGCUUCCAAUUUCCACGAGCGAGGCCUGCGCUUCUCUAUCUACAACAGACCUACUAUCGAUUGUGGUUCUUUAGCUUUCGAGUCGCCAGACUCGCCUUUGUUCAUACAUCUACCCCGCCAACGCAAAAGCUCCCUACCCUCAACCAGAGUCGCCUCGUUCUACUGCCGCGAUGAACGUCAUAAAACUCCAAAAGAAAUAUCCCCAGUUCCAACAGAGCGAAAUAUUUUCUCUCCAGGAUGCUUUCCGGCGUCUAGAUGUGGAUGACAAGGGCUAUCUUGACGAGGCUACGGCUAUUAAAGCAACCCAGCAAUCUGAAAGACAGCCAUACGAUGUUGUUCGUCAGGCCUUGAAGCAGGUCGAGCUGGACAGCUCGAGGCGCGUUGAGCUCGAGGACUAUGUUGAUCUGAUAGCAAAACUCCGCGAUACUUCAUCCGCGCCAUCCCAACGUUCUGCUGGUCCAGCACCAACUCCCACGGGCCCAACCCGUGCCCGCCAUGUGUCCAAGGGGAGUAUCGGGGGGAAGAUUCAUGUUCAAGGCUCCUCUGCGAAUGUCACCCACACCAUCAAUGAAGACGAACGGACUGAAUUCACACGACAUAUCAACGCAGUCCUUGCCGGUGAUCCCGAUAUUGGCCACCUCCUUCCGUUCCCAACUGACACCUUCGAGAUGUUCGACGAAUGUAAAGACGGCCUAGUGCUCGCCAAAUUGAUCAAUGACAGCGUUCCCGAUACCAUUGAUGAACGAGUAUUGAACCGCCCAGGCAAGAAAAUAAAGCAGUUAAACGCUUUCCAUAUGACCGAAAACAACAAUGUCGUCAUUAACUCCGCUAAAGGCAUUGGCUGCUCCGUUGUCAAUAUUGGUAGCGGUGAUAUCAUCGAAGUUCGAGAGCACCUCAUAUUAGGCUUGAUCUGGCAGGUUAUUCGCAGAGGCCUUCUCGGAAAAAUCGAUAUCAAGCUUCACCCCGAACUCUACAGGCUUUUGGAAGAUGAUGAGACUCUGGAACAGUUUCUCCGGCUUCCACCCGAACAAAUUUUGUUGCGAUGGUUCAAUUACCAUCUGAAGAAUGCUAAGUGGGACAGGAGAGUCAACAACUUCUCAAACGACGUCAAGGAUGGAGAAAAUUAUACGAUCCUUCUCAACCAGUUAGCUCCAGAUAUCUGCUCCCGCGCACCUCUCCAAACUCGCGACUUACUCCAGCGAGCAAAUCAGGUCUUGGAAAAUGCAGACCUCCUCGAAUGCCGCAAGUUUUUGACCCCAACUUCUCUAGUAGCAGGCAACCCGAAACUCAACCUUGCUUUCGUGGCAAACCUAUUCAACACACAUCCAGGCCUAGACCCUAUUACAGAGGAAGAAAAGCUUGAAGUCGAAGAUUUUGAUGCCGAGGGUGAGCGUGAAGCCCGUGUUUUCACUCUUUGGUUGAAUUCUCUGGAUGUACAACCAGCUGUCAACUCGUUAUUCGACGACCUUCGCGAUGGAACAAUCCUCCUGCAAGCUUAUGAUAAAGUUAUCCCAGGAAGCGUUAACUGGAGACAUGUCAACAAACUCCCUACUUCCGGGGGCGAGCUCAUGCGGUUUAAAGCUGUGGAGAAUACAAACUAUGCCAUUGAACUAGGAAAACAAAACCACUUUUCCCUUGUUGGCAUCCAGGGAGCCGAUAUUACUGACGGCCAGCGGACACUGACCCUCGGGCUUGUAUGGCAGCUCAUGCGCAAGGAUAUCACCAACACACUAUCCUCACUCGCGCAGAGAAUGGGUAAGCGUGAGAUCACCGACAGUGAGAUGAUCAAAUGGGCAAAUGACAUGUCACGCGCUGGGGGCAAGGGUUCGACCAUCCGUAGUUUCAAGGACCAAGCAAUAGGAACUGGUAUUUUCUUGCUUGAUGUCCUCAACGGAAUGAAGAGCAACUAUGUAGACUACGACCUGGUUACCCCUGGACGUACAGAUGAAGAUGCGUACGCAAACGCGAAAUUGAGUAUCAGUAUUGCACGAAAGAUGGGCGCGACCAUCUGGCUUGUUCCCGAAGAUAUUUGCCAAGUUCGCUCCCGACUGGUUACCACUUUUAUUGGCUCUUUGAUGGCUACGUACGAGAAAAUGUAGGAAAGAGAUUGCAACAUGAACGAAAAUGUCCCGGGAGGCUGUUAUGGACCCAUAUGUAUGGCCGGCUAGAUACUUGCUCUCCUGCGAGAACACACCCCCUCCUUUUAACUUUCCCCAACAUCAAGUCUUUUCUCCUUUUUUUUUUUUUUUUUUUUUUUUUUUUUUUUUUUGUUUUUAUCUUCACCCCUUCCUUUCCUUAACGUGUCUCCUCAUUCCUGGCUCAUUGAUUGGUUAAUUGGUUCGGGACCCAUCGUGACAACUACCGUAGGUAACCUACCAGCUCAUAAGCUCUCUUCAAGCUUAGAUACCAAUAUUACUGUCCAAAAGUAAGAAAUUAUGCUCUAACAUGAUUCGUUUUGUAUGAAGAGGAAGGCAAAUUGGGUGGAGAAAGCUACGUUGUUUGUUUUGGCAAUAUGAAGGUGGCCUUAUUAGGCUCCUCUCUAGGUAGACAUUGAUGAGCUUGGAAACAGAGAAUUUAAAAUAUUAUUUCAACCAUGAAGAAACAAAACGUACUUUUCAAAUUAUGGAGCUAUCUGUGAACUAGAAAGUCAAUAGUGGCAAGCAACUCACUGGUGGGCGUUUCCAAACCAGCAAGCUGCCCAGGAGAAAUUUACGAAAACAAAGUGCUG